AAGGUGGAACUUCCACCGUUGAAAGUGCCCCUGUUGAACAGUGCAACAUAAUUAAGGUCCGUGCCACAAUCCAAUUUCCCAGGUUGUACGAUUAAAUGGGGUUUCCUUUCUCCCUCUGGCUUCAAAGAGCCACAAAGUAAGCGAACUCAUUUUCUCCAUUGUCACUCGUUUAUCAAGCCUGGGCCCAUCAUCCAUGAUGCACUCGUUCACGGUCUUUUCCACUCUCGCGGUCGCGUCUCUCAUUCUCGCCAAGCCACUCGCGACUCCGGCCGUCGCGCCGUUGAUCACUGCCGCGCCCCUACCCCACAUGGUCAAACCUGCCCUGGAGCGCCGCCAGACUGAGAGCCUCGACGAAUGUGAGGCCAAGGCACGGAGUUUUUGGGACGAUGCCCCCGACAUCGAAUACUUUGGUGACCCCUUGGCCUUAUGGUGGCAGACACUGGGCGAAAGAGUUCAUACGGCCACCCUGUACAACGACGCGGUUUGGACCAUCAGUGAAUUAUGCUCCAUCACUUAUCUAGCUACCUCCGAGAUUCCCGAAUCCCUCACCUCCGCCUACGCCUCGCUCAUGAGCGCGUCCGCGUCUUGGGUGAGCGAAUUCGGGCCGACCGUCACGAGCGUAGCCCAGAGCUGCGGCGGGGCUGGCCGCGGCGCGCUGAGCGCCGGGCUCGAGGUUUUGCUCGCCACCAAUUUCGACGAAUGCACCUCCGCCUACGGGGUGUACAUGUCCGAGGCACUAGCUCUGGCUGCCAGCGUCAGCUCGGCAUCCCACGCCGCCACCGCCUCGCCCACGGCGACGCCGAGACCGGCGCAGACCGGCAGCACGAGUGUACGCCCGAUCGAGACUGCGUCUAGCAGCAGCAGCCAGGCGGCCAACACGACGCCGAGCAGCUCGCAGUCGACUGGCGGUGCGCCAAGGGAGACGGGUUUUGCUGUUGCCGCUGCGGCCGCUGUGGUGGUGGUUGCUGGUGGCAUGGUAGCGCUGUGAAGCAUAGAGAAUGGACAGCUAAACGGUUGUUGGGAUGGAUGUGCAGGGCACAUCCCAUGUAUAUAUACAUGACCUCAGGCGCUAAUAGGGUCUUCGCUCCAUGAAGCUUGGUAGAACAGCGUUCUGUGGAUUGGACGGAGAAGGGAAAGGCUAUCCAAAAGUGAGAAGCACCGAUUGCGGAAUUGAACGCCUGAUCUUAGUAUCCUUCUCCUGACAGCUGGUCAACCCCACCGGACUCUUCCAGAAGCAAGGAGAAAGGGAAAGGUGAGACCUGUUUGGGCCCAUGACACACAACACUGAGACAAGUCGGCUGUUUGUCUCGGGGAGAUGCAGCCCCGAGGGUGGCUUAUUAUCUUUGUCAUGGUUGGAGCGAGCACAAGUAAUGCAAAAAUCUCAGUGAUAGUUGAUCGAAACUGCUUGGUGCCAUU